AUGGGACAAACUGCCAGAGAGGGGCGCAACUCGGAGCCGAAAUUUGGGUGGAAAUGCAUCCGAGGGUUGGGUCAUCCCAUUCAAUGCAGAGAAUUGGAAAUGGUUCGGGUGAAGUUUGUCGCUAAGCUCUUCCUCAUUAAGUACUAUGUUGUCGACACUUGUCCGCCAAGCUCAAUGCUAAACGCGCAAGUAGCCGAUGUAUCCGAACGAUGGAUUGGAGGGAUGACAGUUAGGCAGAAAAAUAAUAUCUCAAUUGUUCUACCAUGGCAAGCGUGCAAGGUACAAGGUGUGUAUCCAUGGCCAGGUAUCCAAGGAUCCGAUGCAGUGGCAAAGAAGAUUUACUUGAAAGCGAUGACAAUGAUUGCUUGGUGUAGAAUGAACUUCAAAGACGAUGAUAAAUCUGAAUACUAUCUAAGGGGAAAAAGCCGUCCGUUAGAUGGACUCCAUCCUAGGCACGGCAUAUCCAUGGUCCUCGGGAAAAGGUCUGGAUACUACUCCGUAUCGAGCUGCGAGGCAAAGAAAGAGAGAAGCUGGAGCCGGGCCACUAGACUACUUAGUAGACUAGCUCCAGUUGCCAAGUUUUGGUGGUUAAUCACAGUUAGCGACCCUGCACUUACCCCUGGGAAAUACUCGGGUGGUGCUGGAGUGAAAUUGGUGGUGGGCGGUGCUCAAUUCUUGGUAAUCCUGGGCAUGACGAACGUUAACCGUUUCUGCAAGAGAGUGAAGAGUGAUGGUCACCAUGAUCCAUUGACAGGCAUUGGUCUGGACUUUUGGGAUGGACCAACAACGAGAGGAGUGACUGUGUGCUUCCACCAGCACCAGCCAGCGUGGAAUUGGAAGAGACCCAAAGGAUGGGUGCCCGUUCCUGAAACGGGCGGCAUGCGCCUUGACCCAGAGUAG